AUGAGUAGUAAUUGAUGCGCUUCGACUGCAGCAUAAUAUUGUAAGAAAACUAGAAAAUCGAACCAAUAACAGCUGCGAAUAAAAAUUGAAUUUGAAGAGGCUGUAAUAAGUACGAGGGUGUCAACGUUAUGAAUCGUUUGAUAAACGAAGAUAAUAGCGGAAUAAAAAUGGCAUACAGCGAGUCAGAGCCACAGACAGCCUCAUACGGAUAUGAAACUGCAUAUCCAACAUACACAAAUGCAUCUAGUGGGCAAACAGUGACGCAGCCACUGCCCGGACAGCCGCCAUUGCCACCGAUGCCACCACCAGGAGCACUACCACCCAUGCCAAUGUUUUCCGCAAUGCCCCAAGUCCCCCAGCUCCAGACGUGGGGGCAUGCAGCCCCCUGGCAGUGGAUAACACCACAGGCCGCCGCUCCAAUACCACCGCAGCCCGCUCGAGACAUAAAUAAUGCGUUGAAAUCAUCUCGAGGAAAUUACGUGCGCAGGGACAGGUUCAAUCACAACAGGAACAAUGUCUAUGCGCAGAGAGGCUCCUUCAAUAGGAAUGAGAGGCGAAGGUUCAAGCAUCAACAGCAACCUGGACAGUUCGAUCCUACGACAGCGACUUAUUGGCAAGGCAUCGACUGGCAGAGGGCGAAUUUUGCUACGGCACAGGGGGAUGGGCUCAUUAAUCAUAUGAAUGCCCAAAUGCAAAUGAAGAGUGCGGCUGCUGCUGGCAGCGCCGAUAAAUCGGAUACUGGUGACCAAGAAGUGAAGAUAGUAUCGGAAGUACCUGUUAAAAAAACGAAGCAACGGAAGCCGAUGUCCCAAAGUUAUCCGAUAAGAAACUGGAAUUUAGAGGAUGCAAAAAGUGCAUUAAAAGUAGAAAAUGAAUAUAACCGAACCGUUCGAGCUCAAAGUCUAAUAAUAAAAUUCCCCGAUCCUGAUCUCAACAAAGAUAUCGUGAGAGAGUUCCACUCAGGCAUCCAAAACAUCCACUUCCAGAGUCCCAGUGGGCCACGAUAUUGUUUCAUUCAGAUGGCUGAAAAUGUAGAUAUAGACAAGGCCAUCGAGGAGUUGGAGAAGAUACCAUUUGGCGUUGGGCAUUUGAAGGUCGAGAGAAAAUCCCUGAGGGAUGAAGAUUAUCCACAACCAGAGGAAAUCGAUCCCUACACACUUUACGUGGGAAAUCUGCCGGAAUCAGUGAAUGUCAAUGAGGUGAAAAAUAAAUUUCCUACAGCAACGAGAGUUGAUGUGGGAUAUGCCCAGAAAAUGAGGAAUACUCGUUACGCAUUUAUUCGAUAUGCGAACGUCGAAGACUCGAUAGCAGCUUACAAACAGGCGCACGACCUCAUGUGGGAUACCAGGAGCAUUAUUGUGAGAUUCAGGCGGCAACGGGGCAACACUUGUUUACCCGGAGAAACUAAAAAUAACCCGAAAAAAGUCAAGGAUGAAGUGGAAGAGGGUGGAGUUAAGAAGGAGGGGGCCUCGUGUAAUGGCACUGAGAGUAAGACGAGGGGUGAUGCGAGCACGAGGGAUAAGAGCUCGAUACAAAGGGAUAAAACAUCGGUUGCGCCUGCUGCUGUAAUACAGCAGAAUCAACCAUGGACAUCAAAAUCGCCACCACAGGCCUCCGAGGCUGCCGAGCCUCCACCGACUAAAGAUUCUACUCCCCACCCUGAAGAAGAAAUUGGAAUAUUAACGGCGAUAAAAGAAGAGCCUCAAGAUUACGACGAACUGGACAUGUCGUAUAUUCCCAUGGGGGAUGACGAUUCUGACGAUGAAAACGACGAGCCCGACGAGAUCAAUUAUACCAAUGAUGAGAUGGACGAGAACGAUAAUGAACCGGAUGUCAACGACGAUUCCGAUAAUUUAACUGAUUUUGGAAUGAAAGAUAAGCAGGACGAUGAUACGAAUUCUGAUGCUCCUGAUCAUUUGGAUCACAUGUUCAGUGCCAUCACAGAUACAGCUGGAGACAUUGAGCUCUAAUUACCUUCUGUAUACGACAAAUAUGAAGUGACUCAACAAUGCAGAAAUGCUGGACUUCCAACAUUGAAACGAAUGAGAUUGUAAAUAUUAAAAAUUUGUAAAAUGCUUCUUCUGCGUGACAGCCAAAUAAUUAAUUUCCGUCUGUCUCGUUAUUAUUAACCACUCGUACAGUGAUACUUCCUGGGCAUUAACUUAUAAAUUUCUGGUAUUGACCAAAUGGAAAUUCCAACCGCCCAUUGGAGAACGCGUGAUACGUGUAAUUUUAAUGAUUGUAAAUUAAAACAUGA